AUGUUUUCUUCUGGGACAUACAAAUCUGUGAGCUUGCUCAUACAAAGAAGCGACGGAAAUGUGGUUUCCGCUAGCGAGGAAGACUUUUAUCGUUACACCACCAAGCGCUGGCUGGCAAAUGAAGCAUUUGAAGCUGCUCAAAGAUACCGAAAAUUCAACAUUCAGAGGCUUGUUGAUGUUGCGGCUCGCUCAGAUCGUACGAAGCUGAAGAAGUGCGUAAGUGUUAUGAAAUACAGAGAGGGCCAAUUCAAUAAAACAUUUCUUAUUAUAUUUGACAAUGGGUCUGAAGUUGUCGCGAAACUACCAAAUCCAAAUUCGGGCCCGAAAGUGCUCACAAUUGCUAGUGAGGUCGCAACUAUGGACUACGCUCGAGAUAUUUUAGGGCUGAGAGUUCCUCGGGUGUUGGACUGGAGCUCUGACCCAAAUAACCAAGUUGGAUGUGAAUAUAUAAUCAUGGAAAAGGUCGAAGGAACAGCCCUUGGUGAUGUUUGGUACAACCUUUCCGACAAAUCCAAACAGAAAAUUAUUCGACAAGUUGUGGAUAUAGAAGCGAAGUUCGCCGCUUUUUCCUUUCCUAGUCAUGGCUGCCUUUACUACACACGGGAUCUUCCAGCAAAAUAUCACUAUAACAAUCAAUUCUCUCUCCCGGGUGAUGAUUCGAAGAGAUUUUGCAUUGGUCCAGUGGUGGAUCGACAACUUUGGUCGGAUGGCCGUUCAGAGAUGAAGCUAGGACGUGGGCCUUGGCGUCGCUUAUCCGAUUUUGCAUUGGCAAUGGGGGAGAAUGAGCGGGCGUGGACUGAAAAGUACGUUACGCCCCGAAUGAACUACUUCAGAAGCUACACGGACCAGGAAACCCCCCAGGAAUAUAUCAAGCUUAUUGAGAAAUAUAUGCGGGUUGCCGCCCAAUUGAUAAGAACCGAAGCCGACACUGCCAAUCUCUUACAGCCAAUACUUUGGCACUGUGAUCUUCAUCUCAACAAUAUUUACAUCGAUGUUGAUAUGGAGAAUAUUUCUGGAAUUAUUGAUUGGCAAGGCUCAAGCAUUGCUCCCUUGUGUAUACAAGCGAAAUUCCCUCGAAUGAUUGAGCACCCUAGUCCGGUGCCGCUUGGAGGGAUGAUGCCCGAAAAGCCUGAUGAUGACGGGUCACUAUCCAAAGCUGAAUACCUGAGGUUGUUUAAAUUAUAUAAGAGCGCCUUUGCUCAUAAAUAUUACGAAGUCACAACAGCGACAAGAAACCCUAGCCAUUACGCUGCGAUUUGCCAUAAUCAAAGCGGCAAGCUCCCUAUAAUUGAACCACUUAUGGUAAUAGCUGGGUGUUGGUCCGCAAGGGAGGUUUUCAGAUUCAGGGCGUCCCUAAUGAACGUCGUGGAUCGAUGGGGAGAACUAUAUCCUAGCAUUAAUUGCCCAAUAUCUUUCACAGAAGAAGAAAGGAGGAUUCAUGAUGAAGAGCUAGGGAAUCGCGAUCAUGUUGAACGAGUCAUGGAAGAAUAUCAGAAACUGGGUAUUUUGCCCUUGGAUGGAACAGUGGAUCCAGAAGACUACGAUGCUGUGCGGAAGAGAAGUGAAGAGCAGAAGAAACUCUUGCUCUCAGUGGCAGAGGAUGAUGAGAAAGCCUGGAUUGAGAAAGUAUGGCCCUAUCAAGAUCGCCCUAAAGAAGCAUAG